UCCUUACAAUCCUUAAGUUUUCCGGCACGAUGCUGGUAACAUAGUCUUCUCCGGUCAUGCCAUCGGUGUCUCAGUCUCAGUUCGUUCAGGCAUGUCGAAACAUCACCACCACCACUCACUCCUACCAACUCUCACACUCCUCCUCUUACUCUCUCUCCUCUCGAUCUCACCAACAAAUCAGGAACAAGAAGAAGAGCAAAACACACCCAUAACACGCUUCCAACAAUACCUCAGAAUCAACACAGCCCACCCCAACCCAGACUACGGCUCCGCCGUCUCCUUCCUCACCAAUAUAGCCCAAACUAUACCCACCCUCAAAAUCCAGACGCUCUAUUUCGCCCCAAACAAGCCCCUCCUCCUCCUCACCUGGCCUGGCUCCAACCCUUCUCUCUCCUCCAUUCUCCUCAACUCCCACCUCGACUCCGUCCCCGCCGAGCCCUCCAAGUGGGUCCACCACCCCUUCUCUGCCCAUCUCUCCGCCGACGGUAAAAUCUUCGCCCGUGGUGCCCAAGAUGACAAGUGCAUCGUUGUACAGUGUUUGGAGGCCAUUAAAGAACUCCAUAAUGUGUUUGCGUUUGUGCCUCUGAGAACAGUGCACAUGUCUUUUGUUCCCGAUGAGGAGAUAGGUGGGUUUGAUGGGAUGGCUAAGUUUGUGGAAUCCAAAGAGUUUAAGGAAUUGAAUGUUGGGUUUGUGUUGGAUGAAGGGCAGGCUUCGACUAGUGAUGAAUUCAGGGUUAUUUAUGCUGAUAGAUUGCCUUGGCAUAUGGUUAUUAGAGCUCGGGGAACACCGGGCCAUGGAUCGAGGUUGUAUGAUAAUAGUGCAAUGGAGAAUUUGAUGAAGAGCAUUGAGGUUAUGACCAAGUUUAGGGAGAACCAGUUUGAUAUUGUUAAGGCUGGAUGGGCUGCCACUUCAGAAGUAAUUUCCGUAAAUCCUGUGUAUCUGAAAGCUGGAAUUCCUUCCCCAACUGUGCGUUUUCAAGCUAUUUUAGUGUAUUGUGGCAUUGAAAUUUAUUCUGUGGUUUUGCUUGCAUUGAAUUUGAUCUUAGUUGUUUGUUGGUCAAUGUUGGAACUUCUUUUCUUGAAGUUAGUAUGUCUCAAUGACUGGAGUUAUGACUAAUCUUGUAGGGAUUUGUGAUGAACAU